AUGGCCAUCGCCAUCUCAUCCAUUUGUGAUGUAGAACAAUUGAAGCCUGCAGCAUACGACCCUGACUGCGCCCCCGUCCAUGUAGUGUCGCACGCUAAGCUACCUUUGGCCAGCAUCCAAGUCGAAUCCUCCACGGGACGAGGGUAUUCUCUGUGA